AUGCCUCUCACAAGAGCCAUUUCAGCACGUCUUCGCUCUGGCUCGCAGCGAAAGUCUCUACCGACGACUGCAGACCACCAAACCGAGAAGGUGAUCGCUCUCAAGGCCAAGGCAAAGACCUCUGCCAGCGUCGACGUCAGUGUCGUCUGCCGUACGCUCGUCGCAGGCACUUUGGCUCAGCUCAACCUUCAGGAUUCCAGCAAGGGCUCAUCGCCUUCGUCCAGCACAUCAGCUUCCACCGCUUCCACCGCUUCCACCGCUUCCACCGCUUCCACCGCCUCGCGACCACGAUACAUGCGAGGAUCCGGCCGUUUCUCAUCUCGAUCUUCCAACUCGUCUCGACGCUCCAUCCUGGGCAGCUCCGAGUUUGGCGAUUCUUCCGACGAUGAGAACGACAAUGGAGGCAACACACCAAGACUGGGCGGUUGCGAUUCCUUCUCACCUGCUACUGCCCGCCCGGACGACAGCAACAAGGAGAACGUCGCUCCCUUCCGAUGUGCAUCUCAAGACCUGCUCGACAUUGAAGCACGGGAUGCUCAGCAGGAAGAAGCCAUCCGUCGUACUACCACGCGAUCUCGACGAAGCAGCCUCAUGGAGCGACAGUCUUUCACAACACCAUCACCUACUACACACAUGCGCCGCCUCAGUCGCAGCUCUACCACUUCUGACCUCUCCACUACUUCAGCAAAACUGCACUGCAGACCGUCACAAUUUCGUGUGAAUUUGUGA